AGUGUGGAGCUAGUUCCGACUUCUUCCCCCUGGGAUCUCCUCCCAGUCGAGAUUCAGAUCAAGAUAUUCGCCCACUGCGGUGUCACGGAUUUCCUACCAUUAAAGCUUGUCUGCAAAUCGUUCUAUCUGCUGCUUAACUCGCAGGAACAAUGGAUUACCCGGCAAUACCUCCGUCAACGUCGCCAUGGAACACUUCCAUCCCCAAUAGAUAGCGAAAGAACAUAUACUCGGAACCCGGAGGAUGAUGCAGUGUUGUUAUCGGAUUUGUUUCCACCAGCCAAAAGCGCUAAGGGUGGUCACAUAUACACUUUCAAGUAUAUUUCCGGCCUGCGUCGCCGGCAGACGCUUUGUUCAAGGCUUUGCUGCUACCUUGCAGACCGUGUUAUGGAUCGGUUUGUACACAGCGAACCGGCGUUUAUGAAAUCCAUGUUCACCUCCAAAGCUGAGCGCUGUGUCUUCGUGCAAAGGACUACUGCGCGCUUAUGGUUUCAUCUCGCUCCGCUCAUGUAUUAUACACUAUACUUCCUUGAAACCUAUGCUCUUGCCAGGCGAGAGCAGACUAACGUUCUUCUGCGUGACUGGGAAGCCGGACGCUUGCCAGUUCCUGUACCCCCACACAUCCGUAAAGCCAUGUACCGGGACUUGCAAGUAAAGAUAAUCAGAUCACCCCCUUUUACUGACACCCCUACCCUCAUAGCCACACAUCACUGCAUGCAACUUCUAGUCUCAUACUUGCGGUACACUGUACCACCGGAUGAGCCUACGGUUUCGGAUGACAGUUGGAUUGGAUCGUUGCUUACAGUAUCGCCGUUCCUCCGAAUAGUGGAGUACUUCUCCGCUGAGAUCGGGGAUGGUGGCAAUCAGCGGAUGCAGCGAAAGGACUUCAUGCACAAUUUUCAUAAUGAUAUUACAUUAAAUGAAAAGGACGACAUCAACAUGUUGGUCUUCCAGAAUGCCCCGAAUGUGCAUCUGCAUGGUUCCGUGGAAGAUGUCUGGUUCGAUGUUGUGAAGGAGGAAUUGGCUUUACGAAAGGCGGCGCCGCAUCAUGCAGAGCGCGUCAUGGUUUGGACAGGAUUGCCUGUCCUAUUCAGCUGCCAAGACUGUCGCAUUCCAGAUGGAUGGCGUGCAUAA